UUAAUAUUAUGGCUCCGAAUGAUAUAUGCUAACAUCUGUGUUUGCAGGCAUGUUAUAUGGAGGUAGUAAGGAAGCUGCUGCUUCAGUUAGCAAAGAUGCAGAAGUAAUGUUGAAGCUUGGCAGCACUCCAGAUAAACGAGAGCAGUAUCGGUUGAUGCGGAAUACGAUGGAAAAAAGGUUUAUCCGAGUCACUCGUGGCUCAAUUGUAGGUGGAGUUCGACUUGGAAUGUUCACUGCUGGAUUCUAUGGUUUACAAAAUUUGUUGGCUGAGAAACGGGGUGUCCAUGAUGUAUUCAAUGUUGUUGGUGCUGGUUCUGCAACUGCUGCAACCUUUGGUCUAAUUAUGCCUGGGUCUCUUCAAUGGCGUGCAAGGAACGUGGUGAUAGGUUCAGUCCUUGGAGCAGCUUUUUGUUUUCCUCUUGGUUGGAUCCACUUGAAGCUUGUGUCACAACUAUUGCUGGAGGAAAGUCGAAUGUUGCAGGAUAUAGGGAUGGGCCUAGUGAGGAUGCAAAGUUCUCGAAUGAUUUUGAUGUGGUAUAUGUUUGACCGACCUGUUCCUUGUUCCUUGUUACUUGUUAGUUAUCGAUAG